UUUGGCUUUAUUCUUCACUUACUUAUUUAACCCAAAAAUCUUCUUGUCAUUUGUGUCAAUAUGGACUCCAUCAUUGCUCAGAUCCAAGCCAUGGCCCAAAACACCGAUGAAGCUGGUCGGUUGAACAUCAUUCAGUCACUCAAACGAGUGAAAAUUGAACUUCAAUCUCCAACCGAUACUUUCAUGGAGCUUGCAGUGCCGGGACUAACGAGUGCGAUGCUCCGAAUCGGUGCAGAUCUGGGACUCUUUCGCUCUCUCACAAGAAGUGAUGUAUCCUUGACUGUCACGCAAAUUGCGGAGCUGACGGGAUCGUCUCCUCCAUUCCUAGAGAGGAUUCUUCGUUACCUAGCUGCAACAGACAUGAUUAAAGAGACUGGAGUCAAUGAGUACACUGCGAGCAGUAUCACUCAUGUUUUGGCUGACCCUAAGGGUGAGGCCAUGAUAUAUCACGGGUUCGACACGAUUGGACCUGUCGUGCAAGCAAUGCCUGCCUUCUUCGCUGAAAACAACUAUCAAGAUGUCACCGUCAAUACGGACACCCCGUUCCAGAAAGCCCACAAUACCAAACUCAGCUCAUUCGAGUGGCUUGUCCAGCAGCCAGAACACUUCGGAAAUCUGCAAAAGAUCAUGACUGCUCUUCAAGGAUCAGAAUGGACCGAGGGAUUCAAUCUUUUUGAUGAUGAAGCCCGUAAGGUUCCAUACAAGGUUUCGUCCACUACCCCACAGCCUUCGGAGAAACCCUUCUUCGUCGACGUUGGCGGUGGUCAUGGCCACCAAUGUAUUGAGCUUGGAAAGAAAUAUCCCAAUCUCCUAGGUUACCUUGUGCUCCAGGACUUGCCAGAAGCAGUGAAAAAUCUCGCUCCCAUUGAUGGUGUGAAGGCUGAGGCUUAUGACUUUUUCCAACAGCAGCCCAUCAUUGGCGCCAAGUUCUACUACCUCCGCAGAAUCAUGCAUGAUUGGCCCGAUGACAAAGCCGCAACUAUCCUCCGCAAUAUUCGCGCGGCCAUGAGCCCCGACUCGCGGGUCCUGAUCGAUGAUGCCGUGUUGCCGGAUACUGGCGCUAACUGGCAAUCGGCCUUGGCCGAUCUUGCCAUGAUGACCUUUGCUGGUAAAGAGCGGACCAGGCACCAGUGGGAGUCACUUGCAGAAAGUGCGGGCUUGCGUGUGGAACAGAUUCAUACUUAUGUUGCGUCAACUUAUACCGCUGUUCUCGUUUUGGCCGCCCAGUGAAGCCAGCAUGGUCGUGAGCGCAAAUUUGGAC